AUGACCGUCCUCAAUUACUCUUCUGCCGCCAAGAUCAACCCCAAGCAUAAGGCCAUCUUUGAUCAGCUCGACCUCCAGUUUGAGAAUAAAGGUGUCUUCAACGGCACCUGGGGUGGCUCUGGUCCCGUUGUUGAGUCUCUCAACCCUGCUGACGGAUCUGUCAUUGGACGCAUUCAAACUGGUACUGUCCAAGAACUGGAUGAGACACUCAAAAAGAUGGAGCAGGUCAAGGUUGCCUGGCGCGAGACCCCCGCUCCUAAGCGUGGUGAGAUUGUUCGUCAGAUGCGUGACGCCUUGAAUGAGAAGCUCGACCCCCUGGGUGCUUUAGUCUCGCUUGAGAUGGGUAAGAUCUUGCCGGAGGGCAAAGGUGAAGUUCAGGAAUACAUCGACAUUUGUGAUUACGCCCUGGGCCUGAGCCGAUCCUUGAAUGGACAGGUCGUUCCCUCAGAGAGACCUGGACAUUUCAUGAUUGAGCAGUGGAAUCCUAUCGGAACUGUUGGUGUCAUCUCUGCCUUCAACUUUCCUGUAGCUGUCUAUGGCUGGAACUCGGCUAUUGCCCUUGUCUGUGGUAAUCCCGUCUUGUGGAAAGGCGCUCCUUCUACCAAUCUCUCCUCGAUCGCAGUCACAAAGAUCUUGGAGAAGGUCCUUGUCAAAAACGGCCUUCCUGGCGCUCUUUGCUCCUUGGUCGCAGGUGGUGCUGAUGUGGGUCAGGCCAUGGUCGAUGACGAGCGUGUGAAGCUUCUGUCCUUCACUGGCUCAACUGCUGUAGGUCGUAAGGUUGGCGAGACCGUCUCCAAGCGCUUUGGCAAAUCCCUUUUGGAGUUGGGUGGAAAUAAUGCGAUUGUCGUCAUGGAUGACGCAGAUUUGGAUCUCGCACUGAGGUCUGUUCUCUUUGCUGCUGUCGGUACUGCUGGUCAGCGCUGUACUACGACUCGCCGCUUACUCUUGCACGAGAAGAUUCAUGAUGAGUUCCUCGAGAAGCUUGUCAAGGCUUAUCAAUCAGUCCGUAUCGGUGAUCCUCUCGAGGCUGGUACUCUCUGUGGACCUCUCCACACUAAGGCUGCAGUCGAGCAAUAUAAGAAGGGUAUUGAGGCCGUCAAGGCUCAGGGUGGAAAGAUCCUGACAGGAGGCAAAGUCUUGGAUGACCGCCCUGGAAACUUUGUGAUGCCUACGAUCACCUCCAUUUCCCCAGAUGCUGAAGUUGUUCAGAACGAAAUCUUUGUUCCCAUCCUUCACACCAUGAAGGUCAAGGAUCUGGACCAUGCCAUUGAGAUCAACAACUCGGUCAAGCAGGGUCUAUCUUCAUCCUUGUUCACCCGCAACCCUGCACAUCUCUUCAAGUGGGUUGGACCCUCAGGAUCGGACUGCGGUAUUGCCAACGUCAACUUGCCAUCGAGCGGUGCAGAGAUUGGCUGUGCAUUUGGAGGAGAGAAGGAGACCGGUGGUGGACGCGAGUCUGGCUCGGAUGCCUGGAAGCAAUAUAUGCGCCGCAGCACUUGUGUCAUUAACUACACGGGUGAGCUCCCUCUUGCUCAAGGCAUCAAGUUUGAGUAG